AUGGCACAGAUCAACUAUCGUCUCAAUCCCAAGCCAUCCUACAGCGAGCGAAUGACCGACACCCGUGCCGAGUUGCGCAAACUCAUCAGGGAGGAGCUAUGUCAAAUCACUCAGGACGCCUCCGCGACAAUGUCGUGGAGCCGUCGGUCGUACAUGAAGAAAGUCGUUAUGCGCUACCACGUCCGAAUCGAGGGUUGGCCGCUUGCCGACGUCCCGUUUAGAAACCUUAGCAACGUACCCAACCUCGGCAGCCUAGAGAUGCUCCUACACGGGUGGAAGGAGGGCUCCAUUCGGUUCGUCCGUCUCGUGGACGAGCAGUACCACUCCAUGCUCGCAGACCCGACCCCCUGGAUCGGCCCUGCUGUAGGUGGAGCCCCGGAGGAGGAGGAGGAGACGGAGGAUUGA